GGCUGGGAGGCUUUGACCCGGCCGGGUGAGCCGGCUCGCUGUGGCGGCGGGCCCCCCGGCAGCGCAGGGACGGGCCCCGCACCGAGAGGGCAGCUGCUAGGACACCGCGGGCACAGCGCCCAUCGCCGCGGCGGGCUCGGCCUUAGGGCUGUCCGUGCUCCCCCGCGGCGGAGACGGGACCCCGCCGCGGCUCUUAGCGGGGCUCCCGGCCGUGCAGCCGCGGCUGGUGGCCGUCAGCAAGACGAAGCCGGCGGAGAUGGUGCUGGACGCCUACCGGCACGGGCAGCGCAGCUUCGGCGAGAACUACGUUCAGGAGCUGCUAGAAAAGGCAUCAGACUCCAGGAUCCUGUCCUCCUGUCCUGAGAUUAAGUGGCAUUUUAUUGGCCAUCUGCAGAAGAAUAAUGUCAACAAGUUGAUUGCUGUCCCUAACCUGUUCAUGCUGGAAACGGUGGAUUCAGUGAAGCUGGCAGACAGAGUCAACAGCUCAUGGCAGAAGAAAGGCUGCCCUCAGAAGCUGAAGGUCAUGGUGCAAGUAAACACGAGUGGAGAGGACAGUAAGCAUGGGCUUGCUCCUGGAGACACCACAGCUGCUGUGGAGCAUGUCCUCACCAAGUGCCCCAGCCUGGAGUUCGUGGGGCUGAUGACCAUCGGCAGCGUCGGGCACGACCUCAGCAAGGGGCCAAAUCCUGACUUCCAGAUGCUGCUGUCUCUGCGACAGGAGGUGUGUGAGAAGCUCAAUCUGCCCCUCGAGAAGGUGGAGCUGAGCAUGGGCAUGUCCACAGACUUCCAGCACGCAAUAGAAGUGGGAUCCACCAACGUCAGGAUUGGAAGCACCAUCUUUGGAGAGAGAGAUUACUCCAACAAGGCAGUCGGUGGGAAGUCCCCUGUGGAAACUAAAGGUGAAACAGAGACCUUGACAGUGCAGGGUCAUUAGGUGGAGGCAAAAAAUCAACAGCCUUGCUGGAGGACAGCUGAUGGGAGACCUCACUAUGCAUUCUCACCUCCCUCCAUGUCAGCUCCCCGCGGUGAUGGGGAGAGGGAAUUCCUCCGAGGAGGCCAGAAAGGCCUCAUCAUGCAGUGUGAUGAUAGAGUACCCACAGGAGCUGGGAGCUUCCAGAGGAGCUGGGGACCUUUCUAGCCACCAAAUGAUAAGAAGAUGUCUGGUUAUGGCAUCUGGGCUCCUGCAGGGCCACUGAGGAAGUGAUGCUGGGGGAAAGAGGUUGAACAAACCAAGGCUCAGCCAGGCUGGAGUUGCUGAUGAGGAAGAUGUGGCUGCAGCAGUGGUGAUGGUUCCACUGAGGACUAAAUUGUUCAUUAAACAAGGUAGAAUCCUGCCAUCAGUGUUCCUCAAAUAAAUCUUGCACCUGUGCUCUGCUGAGGGAUGCCAGAAGCUGUGACAGAGACGUGCUGUGACACAGCACACAAGGAUGGAGGAGGAGGAUGGUGGCCGCCGUGAUGAGCUCCUGCUGCGAUGUUUGGAUGCAGAUCCUGAGUGUGGCAGUGUCCUUGGGGCUGAAGUUUGUGUUUGUCCUCUUCAGGCUGGCACUGCUCACUUUCCCUGAUGGUUCCUCAGCUCUUCUGGGAUCCCUUCAACGUCCUCCCCCCCCCCAGCUGUGGAGUGUUUCGGGGGCAUUGUUUUCCACCCUGCCUUCAUCGCUCUUGGGGUUGUGCUUUCUGGGUCAGAAAGGGGCUUUUCAGUGAGGUUCCUACUCUACCAUCAGCUUGCUCUUGCUUUCCAGAGCAAGUCACUGACCUGUUUGGUGCCUCCACCAUCCCAUCUCCAUCUCUAUGGGGUCACACUGCUCAUCUCACGUGGCCGCAGGGAGGUUUGCUGGAGGCCCUUCAGGGAAAGUACUUCAGAAAGCAUUAUCCAGCCAUGGUCUCUGGGCUCCUCAAAGCAAAACCUGUCACCACUGGCAGAGCUCCUGGGUUGUGUCUUGGUGUCUUCAGUGCUGCUCUAACCUUCACUUCUGCAGGAGGGACACGACUCCCUCUGCAGUAGCCACCCCGUGCAGGCAGGAGCAGAAGCUCCUGCGUUAGGUCGCCUGCAGUUUGGCCAAGCAGUAGCUCCAGCAGGUGGCUCCUGCAGAUCUUCUCUUGUGUUCAGACUCCAUCUUUGGGCUUUGGCCUGCUGCUGGGAGGAGGAGCCAUCGAUUGCCAGCAGAAACAUCCUUCCCAGGCUUAUCUCUGUGUGUGUGUGGUCAAACCUAGCUGUUGGUUUAACUCUCUGACUGUAACUGCUGAAUGUAAACGAGCAGAGUCGACGCUGCCUCCACCCUCUCGUAGCUCCCUGGUUUAGCAGCAUGGUGCAGGCUGAGCCCUCCUCAGCCUUUGCACCCUGUGCUGGUUCCUAAUCUAGUCAUCAAAAAGAAGCAGUGAGUUCUGAUGCCAUCUGUGCCAACUCUACAGCUAUUAAAGAUGUUAUUUUUAUGUUCCA